AAACAUUAUCCAUGUUUACCUAAUGCAAAUUUUAGUAAUAAUAAUCCUCGUGUGUCUCAACUCUAACGGCUUGUUUAUGUGAAAAAGCUAUAACACUUAUGCUCGAUAAAAGGAUCAAAGUGUGAAGGGUGUUUAGAACGGCUCGGAUUUACCGUGGUCUAUUUUCGACUUACGUUCACCGUGUUCGAUUAGGCGCCACUCAUUUCGAAGUGAAACAUGCGUGAGCUCGGCCGCGGGGGAUCAAUCGUGGCUGCCACUAUUGCAACGUUGAAUAAUCGUUCGACCAUCGAUGCUAAAUCUCAACCGGUCAAUACACGGCCAGCAGCCGAGGUGGAAAGAAACGUGUUGCGGUCUCCAGGCAAUAAUAUUUAUGACGAUAGAAUUCGGCGUGCUUCUGGGAUCAGUGAACGUCCUCUGUCAACAGCAUCGGAAACAUCUGAACGCGAUUCGGUCUCCAUUCAAUCUAGCGAGGAACCUUCCUUACACGAGAGUGGUGACUCGGACAGCCCUGAUGAGACUACGGUAAAAUGUUCUGGAUGGAAAAAUCAAACAGUGCCACAUCAGCAAAGUGAUUCCUCUGAAUCCGAUACAACAACAAGUGAAGAUGACUCUGAAGGUCAGGAAUAUGUAACACGUGAUGGUGAAGCUGAUUAUCGGACGCUUACACCGAAUAAUAAUAGUAAACGUUGUGAUGGUGAUUUUAAAUGGUUACAAAGCGGUGAAAUAAUGGACGAUCCUGUGGACGUUCAUUCAGUUGGCUCACGCGGAGAUAAUUACAACUCGGCGAGCUUAGAAAGAAGACGUCGUACGCCAAGCGACCGUGUCGAGCGAGAUCGUAAAACAAGGUCUUCGUUAUCCACAAAACCUCCGCAACAUCCAUCGAGCCUUAGAGUUUCCCCGAGACCAAGGCGUUCACGCGAUGAGGAUGCCCAACCAGAUUUACAGCGACGCUGGAACUCCUACGAGCAGUUCCGUUGGCCGGAAGGUGGUUGGUGGCCUCCGAUGUGCUGGUGUCACGGACCGCCGCCUCCACCACCAUGCUGCAUGCAUUCUGAACACUCUUGGCCGUCACAUCCGUCUCUUGCGACAGUGCCAUCGCGUCCGUACAAGAAUGACGCUGAAGAUCGUGUGCGUCGCCUGGAGUCGGACAAAGACAGUUUACAGCUGCAAGUUCAGGUGCUGUCAGAGCAGAUCACAGCGCAGACUGAAAAAAUGGCUGACCUGGAGCGAACACUACACGACGCACGGCAAAGACUGGAUGACACGGAACAGAGGCUACAAAAGGAAAUGCUGCAACGUUCGUCACUCGAAACACAGAAGUUGGAGUUGUUAUCAAAGUUAAGUGAAGUGAGAUUACGGGCAGCGGAAAGAGGUGUCUUAGAGCGGUCACCACCCCCUGACUCCACGCCUGUCGCUAGACCGGCUCCUCCGAGGACUCCGCCAGCAAACUACGGGCGUCAAAUCGAGCGUAACACGCACAUGUACUCUUCCCUACCACGCUCGUCUGUGCUUCCGUCGGCGGCUGUGGAGGCGCGGCUGGCCUUCGGUAAAAACAACAUGGUGGUGGCGCGUGGAAAGGGUCACUCCGUACCCAAUUUAGCGGAGAAAGAAGAAGCAAUACCACGUGGCAGUCCAUCACCCUCGUUACGGGAAGUUCGAGCAAGACUUGGCAGUGGCGGAGUGAGGCUGGAAGGAGAUGACCUCUCACGAUCGUCGCUAAGGGCGUCUGCGCCUAGGCAGCGGACGCAGAAUAUGCCCUGGCAAACGACCGAUGUUCGCCAAUGGGACUGUGAAACCACUUGUGGUUGGCUGGAACAUCUUGGUCUAGAGAUAUACGUGCCAACCGCUAAAACUUGGCUUGGCGCGUCUGAUGCGAAGGGAGUAAUUGCUGCGGCUUCUCAACAGGCAAUAGAAAAGGAACUGGCCAUCAAGCAUCCCAUGCACAAGAAGAAGAUUGUGCUCGCAUUGACUGAUCUCUUGGGAGGCCACGGCGAUCCCUUACUAACGGCGUCGGGUCGUCUCGACAGCGCGUGGGCGUUGCGUUGGCUAGAAGACGUUGGCGUGUGCGGCGCACGCGCAGCGGCUGCUGAAGCGGCCCUUGACGCCAGGCUUCUGCAUCGGCUUACGCAUUCCGACCUUUACACUCAUUUGAGGGUCACGCACGCCUUACACGCGUUGUCGAUACGGAGAGGAAUCCAAGUACUCCGAGACAACAAAUUCAACCCUGAAACAAUGAUACGUCGUGCAGCUGAGAGUGAAGUCUCCCUUGUCGGAGCCGAGUUGACGGAAAAUGAGAGUCAGGGAGGCAGUACCCCAGCAGGGGAAUUGGCCAGGUGGUCCUCUCAUAGGGUGAUGCAGUGGCUGAAGGAGAUCGACUUGGCUGAGUACGCGCCCAAUUUGAGGGGAGCCGGUGUUCACGGCGGUCUGAUGCUGUUAGAACCCCGUUUCACGGCCGAGCUUUUAGCUGCCUUACUGAACAUCCCCGCUAAUAAGACUCUUCUUAGACGGCAUCUCACUCAAAGAUUCAACGAUCUCCUAGGCCGAGAUGUGAUUCAGCAGAAACGUACUGCGGAACAAACAUUAGGGUAUCAGCCACUCACAGCUACGACCAAAUACAAGGUGCCAAAGAGGAGUCAGUUCUCCCUGAAACGCAAGAAGAGUCGCGAUGACAUGGAAUUAGGAGAACUGGUGUGCCCGCUGCACGACGACUGCUCAGGUGACGCUAAACCCACGACGAAAGCAAACUCAGCAUCGGACGUCGAGUCGGGUGUUUGUCCCCCGCGUGACGUCACGCGCGGACAUUAGCGCUCGCAAAACACGCAGCUACGGAGACCGUGCUAUAAGGAUCCCAGACCCCUCAAGUUACGACAUCGAGACUCUGUAAUUUCGACUUUAUUGCCUUGUGUUUAGGUAUAAUUUUGAUUGAAAAAAAAACGAAAAAAAUCUAAUUCUCUCCUCUCUUUCUGUAUGAUUGUCUGUGCUGUGUUGAAAAGAGACAGCGUAAUAAUGCAAUAAGAUUUUGUUUUUGAAAAUAACUUUCAUUAGCAUUUCUCGUGACUUGAAAUUAAUACAAAUUCUGCGGAUGGAGUGACUGUCAUGUGGUGACAGGAGGGACUAAAUAUUUAAUAACAAAGGCU